CCUCUGCUGGACAUUGGUCUGUACAUCUUCAAGCUGACCAGUGCCAUCGGUGCCCAGGGUCCAGCCAUCAUGAUGUCCUACCUGCUGAUCUCAGGUCUGUUCUUGACCCGGCUCAGGAGGCCCAUAGGCAAGCUGACGGUGACUGAGCAGCGCUACGAGGGAGAGUACCGCUACGUCAACUCUCGCCUCAUCACUAACAGUGAGGAGAUUGCCUUUUACAACGGGAACCUGAGGGAGAAGCAGACGAUUCACGCCACCUUUAAGAAGCUGGCCGACCAUCUCCAUAACUUUAUCUUCUUUCGCUUCUCUAUGGGGUUUGUGGACAGCAUCAUUGCUAAGUAUAUAGCCACUGUUGUGGGGUACCUGGUGGUUAGCCGUCCAUUUCUCAACCUGUCUGACCCCCGACACCUUCACAGCACGACCUCUGAGCUCCUGGAGGACUACUACCAGAGUGGCAGGAUGCUCCUGAGGAUGUCCCAGGCCCUGGGACGGAUCGUCCUGGCUGGACGAGAGAUGACCCGCCUCUCAGGAUUCACGGCUCGAAUCACUGAACUGAUGAUGGUUCUGAAGGAGCUGAAUGCUGGCAGAUAUGAAAGGACCAUGGUUUCUCACCAGGAGAAGGCAGAAACCGUGGAGAAGAACCUUCUGGUACCUGGAAGUGGUCAGAUUAUCAACCGAGAUAACGUCAUCAAAUUUGACCACACACCACUAGCCACACCCAACGGAGACGUUCUGAUCAAGGACCUCACGUUUGAGGUGAGGUCUGGAACAAACGUCCUGGUCUGUGGACCAAACGGCUGUGGGAAGAGCUCUUUGUUCAGAGUGUUAGGAGAGCUGUGGCCUUUGUUUGGAGGAUGUCUGACUAAACCUGAGAGGGGAAAGCUCUUCUACGUUCCACAGAGACCCUACAUGACCCUGGGCUCUCUGAGGGACCAGGUGAUUUACCCCGACACCGUGGAGGAACAGAGGAGGAAAGGUAUCUCUGACCAGGUGUUGAAGGAGUACCUGGACAAUGUUCAGUUGGGUCACAUCUUGGACAGGGAGGGGAGCUGGGACUCCAUCCAGGACUGGAUGGAUGUUCUGAGUGGAGGAGAGAAGCAGAGGAUGGCUAUGGCCCGACUGUUCUACCACAAACCCCAGUUCGCCAUCCUGGAUGAGUGCACUAGCGCCGUGAGUGUGGACGUGGAGGACUAUAUCUACAGCCACUGCAGAACGGUGGGCAUCACCCUGUUCACCGUGUCCCACAGAAAGUCCCUGUGGAAGCACCAUGAGUUCUACCUGCACAUGGACGGCAGAGGGAACUACGAGUUCAAGCCCAUCACAGAAGAAACGGUGGAGUUUGGAUCUUAACCGGCAGCUGAUCCAAACCAUUAAUUCUUUGCACUUGAAUCUAGAAAUGAUGUUUUUAAUAAUUUAGAACAUUUUUAUUUAAUAUUUCACUUUACUUCUAAUCAGAAUGGUUUUAUUAUUUUGUGGUGAGAUGAUUAAACUGAUGGGAUCAUGUGGUACUGUACUGUAGUGGGGGGGGGCUGUUUGAGCCCUAUGCUUACCCAGAACUUGUCUUCCUCCAGGAACUGAUAGCAGGUUUAAACAUCAGCAGAGGUGUUUUCAGGCUGCUGCUGUUGGUCACCAUCAGCUCAUUAUCACCAUUAAAGCUAACAAUGCUACACUAACUAGCACUUGUUUCUGACUCCUUAACCGUUCAGUGGGACAGGACCUCGAUCCGCUAGACAGGAACGAGUCUAAAUGCGGGAGCUGUUUGUUUCGGUCUACCCCAGAAGAGUCCAGUCUGGUGAUCUGGACCUGAUGUGGUUCUGACAGCAGCAGGAACUUAUGAAGCUCGUUAGCAUUAGCGUAUGACUAACAACCACCAGAAAUGGGAUGCAGCAUCUUUAUGUUGCUUCUACACAAACUGACUCUAAAUGAGUUUAGGUCAGAUCAGACCAGAAUCUAACCAGCUCUAAUGCUGGUUUCACUAGUUUUAUAAACGUAUCGAUUAAAGAACUAAGAAUCAGGCUGUGGUGUUUCCAUCAUGUCCUGCUUUCACUAUGUUUCCUGCUGUUAGCUGAUAAAAACAGGAAAUGAAUGAUUGAAUCUCUUUAUAUGAGUGAAGGGUGGGGGUGUUCAGAGUACACGUGUGGAGAUAACCCAGCUGCUUUACUCUGUCAUCCAUGUUGAACCAUCAACAAGCUCAGAUUAAAGAAGUUCUGUUUUGAUCUCA